AUGAAUGAAAAUAAAAAAGUUCAACAUCUUGUUGCCGAUUCCGGUGCCUUUAUAUUCAAUUGUCCAUUACAGGAUUAUGGUGAAACAAUUUAUACACUAAAUGAUGUUGUCAAUGAAAUCAAAGAUGAAAAAACACGUGAAUCAUUACAGAUUCUUCCAUAUGAAUUAAAAUAUCGUGAACCAACUGAUGAAGAUAUUAAAUUUGUUGCCUAUUUUGCUAAAAAAACUGGCGAUUUUAAUCAACUAUCCAAAACCGAUAUCCGUUUGAUAGCUUUGACCGUACGUCUAGAAAAAGAAAUAAAUAAAGGUAUUAACUUGAAAGAAAAUCCCGAUAUCAAAAUAUUGCCAACAAAAUCAUCAAAUUCAAAUUCUUUGACAGUAAAAGAUUUAGAAUUAUUUGGUUAUGAUGUUAAAAAUGGUGCAAUCAUUGAUUCAAUCGAUAAAAAUGAAACACAAGAAAUCAAUGAAAUCAAAUCGGAAAAUGAACCUGAAACAGAUGGUCCACCAGUUGAUGAUAAUGAUGAUGAUGAUGAUAAUGGUUGGAUUACAGAGGAAAACUUUCAGGAAAUUCGUGAUAAAUUAAUGGGUAUCAAAUUCGAUGAAGAUGAAGACGAUGAUGAUGAAUUGACGGUAGCAUGUAUAACGGGUGAUUUUGCUAUGCAAAAUGUUCUCAUGCAAAUGGGAUUGAAUGUUGUAUCACCAAAAGAUGGUCUACAUAUUCGACAAACACGACAAUAUAUAAUGCGAUGUCAUGCAUGUUGCCGAAUUAAUCCAUCGACAGCCACGAAAUUCUGCAAAUAUUGUGGUAAUUGUCAAACGUUAAAACGUGUUGCUAUUACAAUCAACAAAGAUGGUACGGUAAAAAUGCAUAUAAAUUUUAAACGUCCAAUUCGAAUUCGUGGUAAAAAAUAUUCAUUACCAAUGCCACGUGGUGGUAAACAUGCUAAUAAUCCAAUACUUUGUGAAGAUCAACGAAUACCACAACAACGUAAAUCAAAAACUGCUGUUGAAGAGAAAAAAUUAUUGAAUAUGCAAACAAUUCUAACUGAUCCAGAUUAUCUUGUACGAUCAAAUCCAUUCGCUAUCAAUGAUGUUUAUAGUCGUGCAUCAAGAAUGAUACCGAAACAACGAAAACAAAUCAAUCCAAAUGAAACAAAAAAACCAACAGGCAACAGAAAGAAAUCGAAUAAAAAUUUUUAAUUUUUUGAAAUAAAA